AUGGAUCUCAUGCUCGUUGGCAUGGGAGGGCAUAUCCAGACAUUGCCCUCAGGCGAAUUCACUACGAAUUUGCUGAUCCUUUCUCAAGAUUCCUCCCUACCAGAAUCUCGACUCUCCCAAGACGGACUUAGUACUCCGACUGGUGUCGACACCGCGGCCGAGACACCGAACAGCUCUCAAAAGGCUGACGCUGAUUCUGAUAAUACCUGUCGCUCUGAUCACGAUCUAGAUCGAGCCGCCGACAUCGCUUUAUCCCAUUGUUUGGUGUUGAUCUUGACCAGCUCGGCUGUUCCAUUCCGCAACGAUCAGAGCGCCGAGGUUCUGCAUGAAGAGGGAUUAUUUUCAAGUAUUGACUGGGAUGACGACGGGUUUUCCUGCUAUGAUGUUGAAUACGGCCAUGCUAGUAACGGCAGUUCGGUCUUUGAUGACACCUUGAUUUUGAAGCUCAACAAUCAGAGUCAAGGGCAAUGA